CUCCUUUUGUGUGAAACCUCCAGCCAGCGGCUGCUCGGGCUCUGUGUAGGCUGCUGACUGCUGGCUAGCAUGCUAGCUGGAGAGCUAAUCGGUGAUUGAAUUCGCGUCAAGUGCUAUUUAGAGAAUUUGUAGCUUCCCUGUUACUGGUCACUGGAUAUUAAAACCAGUCGAGAGCCGAAAGUAAUCAAACCGACAGAGGGUUGUUCGCUUCGCUGGUAUAUUUUGCUAACAUCGAUGUUAGCAACUAGCCAGUCCGUGUAAAUGCUUUUCACUAGAAUGGACCUGUUGAACUCUCAGUUCCUGGACAAGAUGAAUAAUAACAUCGGGAGACUGCAUUACGAAGAUGAGUCCAGGACGCCCUCCCUACCCACUGCUAUGCCCAGCAUGAGGACUGGGCCACCUCCUAACUGCCCAUCCAAAAGAAAGUAUGGUGAAGAACAAAUGGAAGACCGUAUUGACUGUGACGAUGACCACAUGACCAAAAUGAGCAGAUUGUUUGCUGCUCAACUGGCCCGGCCUACUGCUGGAGACAACCGUAAUGAGCACUGGAGCCUCAGCCACAGUCCUGUGGAGAGCAUUACUUCCUCCUCUAAUGGUCUCCAUGGGAACCCCCUGUACGCCUCCAUCCCUGGCUAUGUUGUUGACCAGCCUCUGGCUCUGACCAAAAGCAGCUUGGACCUUGGAGUGGGGGGCAGCGAGAGGUCUGUCAUUGCUGGUUCUGUAGAGCGGCAGCAGAAUCGUCCUUCUGUCAUUACCUGUGCCCCUGCGAGCAACCGUAAUUGCAACCUCUCUCACUGCCACAUGAAUGGCUGCUCCCCCAGCCCACCUGCUGAACAGAGGAAGACCAAUGCAAACACCGUUUGUGAUCCUGUGAUCGAGGAGCACUUCCGUCGCAGUCUUGGGAAGAACUACAAGGAGCCGGAGCCUGUCUCCAACUCUGUUUCCAUCACAGGUUCAGUGGAUGACCACUUUGCCAAAGCGCUGGGAGAGACCUGGCUCCAAAUCAAGGCAAAGGGAGGUGGUCAUCAAAGCCCAGAGGCAAACUCAUGAAUGGCGAGAAAACAUCACAUCCUUCAAUGCUGACUAGUGAACCACAAUCACUUCCUUAGUGUUUCCUGAGUGGAGAUUGACCACUGUGUCAUCUUUGGCCAAGCAUCAACUUCCCUUAGCUAAGAACAAUGUAAGACAAAUGAUGUAUUAGUUUGAACACGGUGCUCACAUAGGCUGUUCACUAAAGGAGUCAUAGGUCAGCUUGAUAUCAAAUGACUCAAUGUUCAACAUCUCACUCUGAAUUGGCCAAGCAAUUCUCUUCUUAAAAAAAAAAAUAGAGAACAAAUAUUCCAUUAAAGGGUGAACAUUGUUUAUCUGGCUUGUAUUGUUGAAAUUUUACAAUCACAGAAUUUAUUUCUCUUUGAUAAGAGAGUCACAAAAUGAUCAAAUGUUAGAGGCCUCUGAAUGCAUGUUCUCUUUAACUGCCUUUUGCCUGCCUUGAUAACCAAAGAAAUCCCCUGCCUUUCCCAACAACAGACAAGCCAUAGAUCUGGUGUCAGUCUUUGCUCAGUACUAACAUCCUCAUAGUUUUGUUCUAAAAUCAUCCUGCUUUUGAUUCUGUUUUUACUUGAAAAGGACAGCCAGGUCUGAUUUGCACUAUUACAUUUCUGACCGUCUUGGUAGAGCAUUUACUUUUUUUUUUUUUCCCAAUUGGAGCUAAUGUGUUGAAGAGUGUGUGUCUUGUCUGUUGAAAUUGUGAUAAUGCAAUCAAGGCCCUGGUCCCUGAAGACUCUCUGUUAAUCUCUGCGCCUUUUAUUCUGAACUGGACUUGCCCACUGUUAACUAAAGGAUUUUUGUUUUUCGUCUACACACUCUGUGGUUGAUUACUUGGUAAACUAAUAUCAAGGAUAGUAGUCUAUUCUAACUAGGAAGCAUGUUUCAAAUAGCUGGUUUCUAUUACAAGCCUUAUUCUAUACUAUAUACUCUCAGAAUUUAUUUUUUAUCAGUAACAGUUUUAGAAAUACUCACUGCUGGUACAGUUGUACUCAAUAUAUUUUUUGUAUCUGGUUUUCAUUAGUAUAUGUAGGUGUAUACCUUAGCAUCCUUCUACAAAUCACAGCCUCUGGCAAGGUUGUCUGAAUGCAGUAUAAUGGGCUAGAUUGCUUUGUUAUUCUGUGGUGCUGGAUGCUGUAGCUUUAUGCAUGACUGAAUACAGCUAACUUCUGUAGCGCAAUCCUGUCAGAAACAAUAAUGCUGUUAGUAAUGGCUUUAUUUAUUCUGAAGGUAAUGUUAAUAGCCUUAUGUUGACUUUUGGCAAAACUUAAGAUUCUGUUAUCACUUUGACUAACUGUUUUGUUUCCUACUUUUGAGAACAACCGAGGAUGUCUGCCUUCCUCAAUUGUGAAAGUGGUUGAUUUUUUUUUUUUUUUCAAACUGUAAUAGAGGAUUUUAAUGCACAUGCAGUAUGAUUUUUUCCCCAAUAUCACGAGUUGGCAUGAACAUUCCACCAUGACUGCCUUACAUUUGUCAGUCACAAAGUGUUGUCUAACAUACUUUUUACAAGCAAGUUUUGUGAGCAGGUUGAUGGUGCCCUUUUAAAGCUACGUGAUGUAAUGGUGUGAGCUGCAGAAAUCGUAGUUUAUUGUGGAGAAAAAUAGUAUCAGUGAGUCUGAAAGGGUCUUUAUGCAGUUGAAUUUUCUUUGAAUUCAUUUGCCACCCUUCUGAAAUUAUCUGUAUUUACUUAAAGUAGCAUAACCUAUUUGUCAACACUGAUAAGAAAUGGUAUUGUAAAUUGAGAUUUUUUUUUUUUGUAAGUCACUUAACUGUCUUUGUGAGAAAAGUAUACACAUGUACUUGUAUUAAUAUUCUACACAGUUUUAAAAUAACUACAUACACUACACUACCCUGUCUUUUUUCUUUUACUUGGGUAAGACAAUCAUUGCGCCGCGCGUAAUGAUCAUAGAUAUUUUUUUGUUUGUUUUUUUAAGAACAAUGUACUCAUGUAGCAUGGACAUUCAUUAUCCGGUUACCAUGCGUUUUAAAAGUUGAUCUUUUUCACAGUCGUCAGAUGAGUAAUAAGUGCAGGAACACAACAGUCAUUUAGUCGAAAGGCUCUCUUGGUACAGUGUCAGAAAGGCUUUUGUACUCGAGUCUGUAUAGCUCUCUUUGUGUACCACAGUCCAACUAAGGGAUUAUCAUGGGAUCAGCUUGUUUGACACAAGUUGAUUUUCACUGAUAUGUUAGGGGUAAUAUUCCAAUGUUAUUUAAUUGAUAUAUUUUGACUGCUUGUGUUUCCACGACAGGUUGCAGAAACUAAUAACUGCUUCAGGUCAGGUAUCACUCACAUAGAAAAAGCUUUGAAAUACCUUUUUGUUCACUUUUGGCCUUAUUUCUCCAGAAGAAAAUGCCACUGUUUUGUACUUGAUUUCUCCCAAAUAAAGAUAUAAAUGCAUA